CUUUGCUCGCUCACGUGCAUUGCUGACGAGGCAUUUUUAGCGAACAACAGGACAGACAUACAGUACUAGAAGAUGCCGUCUGUUCCAGAGGAACUGAACGUGUACCGGCGACCUCACAGUCUCAUGGUGAAGCUAGUGAACGACAUAGAAAGAGAGUUGUCAGCGACCGACUUUUGUGAUGCCCAGUCGUAUCUGCAGCUCCUGGGCCACUUGAGUACCAACUUCCACGUGUUCCAGACCCACGAGGAGAUAGAGAAUCGCUACAUUGUGGGGGAGCUGAUGCCGCGCCUCCCCUGCAACCACAAGGCCAAGCUGGAGAACGAUCUGCACUCCGAUAACAGGUUGUCGACUCUGGUGAAUCUAGUUAGUGAGGGGCUCCAAAUGGGGUGGUGUUCUGAGGAGGCGAGAGUGGACUUUGGCGAGAGGCUCAAGACAGCCAUUGCCAGUUUCACUGUGGACUUUCUCCCUCACAUGAGGGAGGAGGAAGAGGUGUUUCUGCCUCUGCUGGUCCAGUAUUUCUCAGAGCCAGAGCUAAAGAAACUGACCAGAGAUGUCAUCGAGCUCCACCAUCUCAAUGACUUUGGUACACAUUAAUUAAUAAACCUUUACAUUGGGCUUUAAUGGUUCCAAAAACUAACUACUCCUCGGCCCCAAAUCAUGGAAUUAUCUAUAGAGCACAUUAGAUUGGGGAGUGUACAAUAUGAAACAGAUCAUCUACAGUACUUGUG